AUGUAUGACUGGCAUAACAGGGGUUGGUUGGCGAAAAGCGAAGCUUGGGAAGUGAAUGCCGAGCUCGAGUCCCCCAGUACUAGUCUGCUGUUGCUCCCAUUGUCCUUGAUUAGGCCCGGUAACGUGGACGUGGAUGAGCCGUAUGAUGACAAUCCUGCAGGAGAAGGAAGGAGCGACAGUGCGCUGGUACUCCCAGUAUGUGACCCAGCGUUUGACGAGUUCGGUGCCGUGGGCGCGGAUCUGGAUAAGGACAAGGACGGUCUUGGAGGUGGGGGCAAGCUUCCAAUUCGGAUGUAUCUGCUUGCGGCUGCGGUAUCGGGAAAAGAUUGA